CUUUAAAAAUCUAUAAAAGUCAUGAUUGAAUACACCCCUUAAUGAUUAGCGACCAAUAAAUAAUUCAUCACCAGGCCAUCAUCUAUACAUACUAGAUAGAGAAAUGUAGGCACAUGCACAACAUACACACGAGAUAGGGAUAUAGAGAUAUUGAGAGAGAGAGAGAGAUGGAGGAAAUUGUAGAAGUGUUUCACAUGAAGGGAGGAAAUGGAGACACCAGUUAUGCUAACAACUCAUUGUCUCAGAAAAGUAUUAUACUUUGUACAAAGCCCACAAGAGAAGAAGCCAUAACAGAUGUCUAUAAGAGCCUUUGCCCAGAAACCAUAUCCAUUGCAGACUUGGGAUGUUCCUCCGGACCAAACACUUUUCUGGUAGUGUUCGACACCAUCAGAGCGGUUGAAAAACUGCGGAAAAUGACGGGAAACCCCUCGCCGGAAUAUGUCGUCCACUUCAGCGACCUUCCCAGCAACGAUUUCAACUCCAUUUUCCGGUCACUGCCCCGAUGUGUUGAGGAUUUCAAGAAAGAGAUGGGAGAUGGGUUUGGGCAUUGCUUCUUCGCGGGAGUAGGUGGUUCAUUUUAUGGAAGGCUUUUCCCCUCUAAGAGUCUUCAUUUUGUUCAUUCCUCAAAUAGUCUCCAUUGGCUUUCUCAGAUACCAAAGGGAUCGGAGGAGAACAAAGACAACAUUUGUAUCACAGCUUCAACCCCACCUAAUGUGAUCAAGGCAUAUUGUGAGCAAUUUGAAAGUGAUUUCUCAAUUUUUCUCAAAUCUCGUUCAGAAGAAUUGGUGACGGGUGGACGAAUGGUAUUAUAUUUUAUGGGGAGAAAGAGUGAAAGCCCUAAACCCACUCAUGGUGCUCUUAAAUUUAUGGUACUUUUAGCCAAAGUCCUCAAAGAUCUAGUUACAAAGGGAUUAGUAGAAGAGGAGAAACUAAACUCCUUCAAUUUUCCUAUCUACGCACCAUCUCUAAAGGAAGUGAAAAUGAUUGUUGAAAAGGAGGGAUUAUUCUCAAUUAAUGUUUUGGAGGGUUUCACACAUGAUUAUAUUGAACAUUUGAAGGAUGCAAAGGCAAUUACCAACAAAAUGAGAGCCGGGGUUGAGUCCUUGGUUGUUAGCCAUUUUGGAGGAGGAAUUAUCGAUCAAGUUUUUAAUAAGUAUGAAGAAAUGGCUGGUGAAUGCAUGGCCGAAUUUGAGGAGGAGGAUUUCUUCAUUAUUGUUUCCCUCACUAAAAUUUAA